AUGGCCGACGCUACAGUUGCCGGGUCAUCGAGCUCUCAGUCCCAACCCAAGGUGCAGAUCGUCGGUGAACUUCCGCCUGCACCGACCAUGUCUUCUAAAGACCGCCCGGUGAACGGGAACGACACGGAUUCAGACGAUGACCGCACCCACGCUGGCGCAGACGAGGACGAGGAUCCGCAAACCGAAGACGAAGCCGGUCCUUCCAGCGCGGUCGACGAGCCGGAGCCCGCCAACAACGGUAUCACACGCGGCAUUGUCCAGUACGGCUCUGUCCGCGUCGAUAACAGCGCUUCGAACGGCCAAAUCACCGAAGCACCCGCCGAAGAGAUCCCGGACGACGCCGAGCUGCUUCAACACUACCCCGACACCGAACAAAUCCUCGAUCUCGGUCACCUCCGUCUUACGACCACCAAGCGACUCGGUCUCGCCCGCUUCGCUCCCUCGCUCAAACGUCUCUGCCUCCGUCAGAACUUGCUCACCAAGAUCCGCUCCGACAUUGGCCAGCUGACCGAACUCGAAGAUCUCGACCUGUACGACAACAGCAUUGAAAAGAUCACCCACCUCGAUUCGCUCACCCAGCUCGAGUCGCUCGAUCUGUCGUUCAACAACAUCCACCACAUUUCGAACGUCUCGCAUCUGGGGGCGUGCAAGACGAUCUACUUUGUGCAGAACAAGAUCUCGCGGGUGCGGGCAGACGAUCUGCAGGGACCCAUUGCGGGAGCGCUAGAAAGCCUCGAGCUGGGCGGAAACAGGUUGCGGUCGAUCGAAAACAUUGGUCAUCUGACGAACUUGACCCAGCUCUGGUUGGGCAAGAACAAGAUCACCACUCUGAGCGGGAUGGAGAGUCUCACGAACCUGCGCGUGCUCUCGAUCCAGUCGAAUCGGAUCACCAAGCUCGAAGGGCUCGAGACGCUGGUCAAUCUCGAGGAGCUUUACAUCUCGCAUAACGGGCUGACGAAGCUCGAAGGCCUGGAGCACAAUACGAAGCUCACAACGCUCGAUGUGGGCGCCAACAUGAUCGAGAAGGUGGAGAAUGUGGGGCAUUUGAGUCGGCUCGAGGAGUUUUGGGCCAACGACAACAGGAUUGCGGAUCUCAACGAGCUGGAUAAGGAGCUGGGACCGAAUCGGAUGCCAGCGCUCGAGACGGUGUAUCUGGAAGGAAACCCGGCACAGAAGAAAGAGGGCCCGGCGUACAGGAGGAAGGUCAAGCUGCUACUGCCGCAGUUGAAGCAGAUUGAUGCUACGUUCAUCCGCGGUUGA